UGCGUAGCCGUAGCGUCACUCACAAACACAUUUCCCCGAAAAACUGACGACCUUCGAGGGACACCCCAAGUUGUUACGGUUGUAUAAAACGAAACUACGCGAAGGAAGUACCCCAUCAGUGCGAGGUACGAUUCCGGCGAAGAAACAGUUCCAAAGUGACCAGUGUGACCCAGCACGUGUUGAGUGUGUGUGAACCUGCCUUAGGAUGGCGGAUCACCGAGUGAUGUUCCUGACGGUGAUCAGUGCCACUAUGCUGGCCGGGUUGGCCCAGGCCAGCCUGGUGUACUACCCUCCGUUGGGGCCGGCGGACGUGCAGAACGUGCUGAGCCCGCUGAACCUGUGCGAACGGCUGUGCGGCCAGUGCGGAUGUCUUGGGCUGUUCGUGGCCGACGACGUGUGCCAGUGCAGUUGUGACGUGCGCGGGUGUGAUCCCGGGUAUACCAACUGUACCGUGGGGAUGCUGAAGGUCUGCGACGAAUCGCAGUUCGACUGUGAACUUCCCGAGGAACAGCAGCAGCUUUCGCAGCAGGAGUACGGGCUAAGAACACGUGACCCUCGGGGUCACAAGUGUAUGGAGUGCCACGAUGGUUGUGACCACCAUGAUCAUGACUGUGAUCACGGAGGGUACGGCGAGGACAAGGGUUGCCAUGACGGUUGCGGUGACAAGAAGUUCUUCUGCUGCAAGAAGCACAAGAAGCAUCGCAAAAAGUGCGGCAAGAAGAAGCACGGUCGGAAGAUCCACAUCAAGAUUAAAGGAAAGCUGCCCGACUGUUGCUACUUUAAUCAGCACCACGAUCAGGGCCAUUACGAGGAUUACCGAGCUCCGGAGCAGCCCCGAAUUCCAGAAGAGCCCGUGCCGGAGGAGAUCGAAGCGCCAACGGAGGCUCCGCCGAUCUACGAGCCCACUCCGGAGCCGGAGUGUGACAAAUCGGCUCCUCCCAAAGCCAAGUCCUACUCCGAGCCGGAAGCACCGUACGUAGAACCGGAAGGUCCAAGGAAGUGCUGCCAAUCCAGCAGUGACAUCCACUGUGACAACUGCCACAUCUACCACGGUGGUGAUCAGGGUCACGGGCAGGCAUCGUACGGCGAAGGACCUUCCGGCCAUUCCUCCGGCGGUGGGUCAUCUGGAUACUCCGACGGUGCAUCUUCCGGCUAUUCUGGUGGUGGUGGAUAUUCCGACUAUCCCGGUGGAGGUGCUCCAUACGCUGGACCACCAAUAGCAUACGGCCCACCAGUGUACAUCCCAACCUACUCCAACAACUACCGGAUGCCGGCUGAGAUCAAUCAUCCCCCGAUCCAGGAGGAGCCACGGCCAGCUGAGAUCAAGAAGGCACAAUCCAGCAAACCUGCUAGCUUCAGGAACGCAGAUUACGAGCAGUCCUACUCCGGCGGAGACGGCUACGGCGCCAGCGGCGGCCACGUCCUCGAGUACAGCCACCACAAGGUCACCAUCCCGAGCGAUCACCUGAAGCCGAUCAUCGAAAAGUUCCUCGACCACCCCCCUCCCUCAGCCCACCCGAUCGACCUCACCAUCUACAACCAGGUCGUCAACCAGCAGCUGUACGACGACGUCAAAGCAUCCAGCUACGGCACCGACUCGUUCCAACCCCCUAAACAACCCUCCCGGGACUACUACGAGCCCCCCUCCUACGAGAACUCCGCCCAAACCUUCCCCCUGAACACCCCAUCGUACGCCCCCAAGAACUACCUCCCCGUAGCUCCACCCUCCGGAGCCUACAUCGCGCCAAGCUACCCACCCCAACCCUUUUACUACUCCGGUCCGGAUUCCGGCCCACAGGUGCAGGAAGCGUCGGCGGGGUACUCAACAAACGCCUAUGAAGACGCCGUCGGAGCCAAGUAUCGAUCGGCGAUGGCCGCGGCCUCCUCGGAACAACCGAGCCAGAUGCAGAUGAACGCGUGGAAGGCAGCGGCGGCGGCGUCUGCGACUGGACGGAGUGCGUUCCGGAUGCAGGAAGCUUCAAGUGGUGGUGGUGCGGGUUGUCAACAGGGACAGGGACGGUUUUAUAAGAAAUAA